GCACUUUCCUGGACUCAAGUGAGCACUUUUACUGCCCGGCUUUCGAUAUGUGAGUUGAAAAAGUACCAUGAGGACUUUCCUGGAUGCAUCUGGCCUUUUUUAUGGCCCGACCUGGAUGCACCUGACCGGAAUUACGACCGGUGUGAGACAGGUCGAUAUGUGUCACAGGCAAGUUGAAAAAGUCCCGGUGUGAGUAUGGGCCUUCGUGCACCAGUCACCAAAUGUGCAAAAUGUGAAUGAAUCUUUCACUAGAAGCUGCGAAGUUGCACUGCCGUAACGUUUUUCGUUUUUGAAUUUGCUGAGUAGUGUGGGGAGGAGGCCCUAUGUGCCCAGAGAAAACAAAUGGGCAAACUGAGCCACUAGAUGGCCAGCGUGCCCUGUUUCUCUUGUUGAUUUGUGCAGGAAAGGAGCUGGUGCCAUUCUCACUCAUGAGUGAACGAGCGGAGCCUUUUGGAGAAUGAGAAGGGGAGAGAUGCAAAGGGAAGCAGAAAUGAGGGCCAGGAGGCUAAAUUUCUGAUGGAGGAUUGCGCCACAACAUGGGAUGGUGAUUGCCGCAGAGAUCAGACCACUAGAUUUUUGCACAGAGAUCGCAGCUGUGAUUCAAUUGAGCAGGAAUUGAAGAAGAGUAGACCCAUAAAUGUCAUCUUAUCAGAGCAGGGGUCGAACAGAACUCUGAAGAGGACAGAUGAACCUGUGACGAGCUGUGCGGCAGCAGUUUUCCUCUCUUGGAGAUCACCAAUCAGGUCCUGGAGAACGGAUCAGAAACAUGGUCACGGAUCGGGUUGGGUUCUUUGCACCCUCGACAAUGAAUCAUCGUUGUUUUUCUGUAAUUUUGCCAACUGGAUUGUGUAGCGGGGAACUUCCCUCACACCCUCCCCCCCACCACCCACCAACCCAUGCCCAUUAACAAAGGAUUGGGGUUACUCAGGGUGCUGUUUAAGGGGAUAGCAGCAGAAGAGGGUAAGUAUGAUGGGUUGUGAAGACAGAAUGGAGGCAUUUAUUUCUUGAUUUGAGCGGUGCUUGGGUAAGGGAUAGAGGGGAUGAGAGGAGGAGAGGAGAGGGUGAGGGUGGCGAGCUGAGCUGGCAAAGCAUUGAGAACAACAGGAGGAGGUGGGUGCGGGUGGUUGCAUCCAAGGAGAGAGGGGGGUUUGCCCCCAUUUGGUACGUGUAUGGUGAUGUUACGUAUGGCUGGACUAAUGGAAGGCACAGUUGAAGAGGGAUGGAGCUCUGGGGAGGGUGCAAAGGCUGGGGUGGUUACCUUGAUUGUAAAGCACUUACCGAGUUCUCUGAAACCGGACAUGGUGAAGAAGUUGUUUGCACACUAUGGUGCUGUUGACGUUCGUCUCUGUUCAGCUUCUGGAAGGCUGCGAAACUGUGCCUUUGUCGACUUCAAGGAUGGAGGCGAGGCAGCUCGAGCGGAACUGGCUCUCCACCGUCUCAAACUUGUGGACAAGGUUUUGGCCGUAGAGAAGGCAGAGCAGAGGAAACGCAAGGACGCACAAGAGCAGCAGCAGCAGCAGCAGCAGCAGCAGAAGCCAAUGCCACCGCAGAUGCCACUGCCUCUGCAGCUGCAACAGCAACAGCAGCAGAAACUAGAGCCUGCUAGUGGUCAGGCCCCGGGUGGGAUGACGGCACCUCUAGUCCGGACCAUAGCCAUGGCAACAGAUUUGGCUACAACGCCUGUGACUCUGCAGUCCGCCUCGAAUGAGUUCACCCCUCGUAAUAGCUUGAGCUUCUCUGGGACGGGACUGGGAAUGGGAACGGCACUUACUCUAACCCCAGCUCUAGCUCCUGUAGUCUCGGCAACAGGGUUGGCUUCUGCUGCGGUGACUGUGCAGUCCCGUCCCAAUGAGAUCACGCCUCACAGCAGCUUAGGUCUCCCUGGCACGGGAAUGGGAAUGCGAAUGGAGCUGACAGUUAUGCAAGCCGCACCUUUGGCUUCCACAGCACUGGCGACCUCAGCAGCAAAGGACACUCGCACCGCUCUCCCCUGCACCAAUGCCAAGACACCUGCGCAGCCGGCUUCAACGACACCUGAUUCACGACCAAGGCCGCUGGCUUAUCGGGGGGAGCCGAUCGCUCCGUCACUCGGCGUCGACUACCCAUCCGAUCCGAGGCUCGAGUACGCUUAUCCGCCCCCUGACAUGAACAUUCUGACAAACAUCGUCAACGCGCUUGUGGCGGUGCCUCGGUUCUACACGCAGGUGCUCCAUCUAAUGAACAAGAUGAAUCUGCCGCCUCCCUUUCGGCCCGCGAUGGCUCCGCCUCCUCUACCAGCGCAACCUUCUCCAGAAAAACGGCCGCCCGUGUCUGACAGUAGCAGCAGCAGCGAAUCGGAGAUGGGCUCGCAAUCCGACGACGAUGAUGAGGAUGAGAGUGAUGCAGAAGGCAAAGAAGGUACCGCCCAGUUGACGGAAGAAAUGAAGAGGCAGAGACGCAAAGAGAGGCGACGAGCAAAACGCGCUCGAUUGGCCCUAUCUGACCCUAAGGUUGUCACCGAACUCCCCAAGCCUGUCAUUAAGAAACCUGGUAUUAGGGGAAACAAGCCAAUACUGGAGAUAAAACUGAGCGCGAAGGGUCCAGCAGGUGUGGCGGAGAGGAUGGCAGCGCAGGAGACAUUGGCAAAGCAGAAGGCAGAGGAAGAAGAUGCUGUUCGACGAGCAGCGAUGAAGGCAGAACUCAGAGCAGGGAAAAUUCCCUCGGAAGAGAUACUCGCAAAUCCUAUGUUUAAGAAUUAUCAGCCAGGUGCGAAAUCCAGAGUUCUUUAUAUCAAGAAUCUUGCGAAGGAUGUCGUGAGCGAUGACCUGAAGCGGAUUUACGAGGCAUUCACAAAACCCGGAGAAGAGCUACUCAUCAAACUUAUGCAGGAAGGGCGGAUGAAAGGUCAGGCUUUCGUCACCCUACCUUCGGAGGAUGCUGCAGAGGAAGGAUUAAGAUGCAGCCAUGGAUAUGUACUUAAGGAGAAAGCAAUGAUUGUUCAGUUUGGAAGGAGUCAGGUGCGAGAUGCGCCCUCGUCAUCUUCAGGGACCUGGCGGGAGCUGGGUGUCAGCUAGAGUAGCAGCAGCAGCAGCAAUUCCAUCUUCUGGUGCCGGAGCCCAGCCGAUGAUGCCCCCGAGAAGGCAAGCAGUCACAGGCUGAGCUAUUAUUAAGCCAUACAUUAUCCCAUCCACCUUCUUCCAAUCUGCUCCACCCGGCGGGUGGGUGCAGCUCUUCAUGCCUCAGACCCAAUCAAUGUCUGGGGCUCUGAUUGGCGGCUGAAUGCUGAAUGAUUUUGGAAAGCAGGCAACCUCGCAGAGCCUGUGCGACCACGGCCCGUCUCUUUGUGGGCCCUGAUCGGCGGAUGCCAUUAGUUCUCUCACUGUGCAAUAUGUAUAUGUAGUAAAGGUCAAUGACUUCACAUGUAUUCCUUGAACCUUCUAGAUCAAGAUUUUCUUGGUGUUUUGCUGCAUGCACAGCCGAGCAGUGGGUGUGUUGGUGUGUUUGUGGGAUGGCGGGUUUGAGUGGUGCAGGUGGGUUUUGCUUUGUAAUUGUUGCUUGCCGGGCUUGUCUGGAGUGCACAGGAGGUCUUCUUUUUUUCUUUUUUUUGUGCAAGGCCUCUAUCCCAGUAAUGGUAAGAGAACCACCGGGAUUGAGGCUUUGUCAACGGGCCGCUCCAUCAAUUGGUGGGGAGCAUCACCUGCUGGAAACCGGGUCCAGCGUCCCAUCACAGUCUGUCCUGUAUUCCUAUAACUGAGGCCCAAGGCCGGGGCCCAGCCAGGGCCUCUGGGGGACACCAGUGGUCCCUGUCUGCUCCCCGCCCCACCUUCCAACAGGCUCCUGAGGAUAACUCUCCAACAUAAGAGAAGUAGCGAUAAUCACGUUGGACGUGUGCAGGAGGCCUUGAAGCUCACAUCAGGCUUGACUGGGUGUUGCUGGUUGCGGGAAUUGUCAGCCUUCACAUAAGGGCGGGUGGGAAGUGUUGUCACCAACUGGUCAGGCUUUGCUUCAGGAGAACUUGUUAAGUGGGUGGAUGGAUGGAUGGGUGCCUUCCUUGUUUUAAAUUUUAAAUGCUUUUUUUUAAUUUUGAGUCUUUUUCUUAGCCAAUCUUUUCUUAUAAUAGCUGGAAAGUUGGUCCAGUGUUUCUUACAACAAGCCUCACUGAUGCAUGCCUGUCGGCCAUGCAAGUCCAAAGAUCACCAAUAUGAGGAAGAGAUGCAGAAUGACACUCAAAUGAAAUAGGACUGACUGA